GGAGGGGAGCUGGCCGCGGACCGACGCAGACGCGGGACACUACGGCGGCUGGGUUCGCCCCGUUAGCCCCGGCCCCCUUCUCAGCGAAAGCCGCGCUCCCGCCGUGCGCAGGCCUCUGAGGCUGUGGCUGCGCGGCCGGCACGCGGCUGCUCUGCGAACCCCCGAAGAAUUUGGCAAACGCUUCCACAGUCCACGGGGGGUCCCCAGGACCACUAGAGACGCGGCUGGCGGACAACUCGUGGCACUUUGAAAAUAUCCUUGAAACUCAGAAACUGUGCUCCUGGUCGCUAGGCAGCGGCCAGUAACACCGGGGUCUGCCCGCUCCCCUCGGUCCCAUCCAGCCGACCACGGCCACAGGUGACCGACAGGUCCCCACCGGCGGCGGACAAUCCGGGACAGCCGACCACGCCUCCCCACUGCGACUGCGUGAUUCGCCAGCUCCCGCGAGGGCGGAAGGGCGGGCUGCGCCUGCGCGGAGGCGACGGCGCGCUGCGUCGUUACUUUUGAAACCCGUGGCGGGGAGCUGCUGCCGGCGCCGUCCGCGAGUGUGCGCGCGCCGCGUCUGUGGGCCUGGCCAUGGCGCUGCAGCUGUCCCGGGAGCAGGGCAUCACCCUGCGCGGGAGCGCCGAAAUCGUGGCCGAGUUCUUCUCAUUUGGCAUCAACAGCAUUUUAUAUCAGCGUGGCAUAUAUCCAUCUGAAACCUUUACCCGCGUGCAGAAAUAUGGACUCACCUUGCUUGUAACUACUGAUCCUGAGCUCAUGAAAUACCUAAAUAAUGUGGUGGAACAACUAAAAGAUUGGUUAUACAAAUGUUCAGUUCAGAAACUGGUGGUAGUCAUCUCAAAUAUUGAAAGUGGUGAGGUCCUUGAAAGAUGGCAGUUUGAUAUCGAGUGUGACAAGACCGCCAAAGAGGACAGUACACCCAGAGAAAAGUCUCAGAAAGCUAUCCAAGAUGAAAUCCGUUCAGUGAUCAGACAGAUCACAGCUACAGUGACAUUCCUGCCAUUGUUGGAAGUUUCUUGUUCAUUUGAUCUCCUGAUUUAUACAGACAAAGAUUUGGUUGUACCUGAAAAAUGGGAGGAGUCGGGACCACAGUUCAUUACCAACUCUGAGCAAGUCCGUCUCCGUUCAUUCACGACCACGAUCCACAAAGUAAACAGCAUGGUGGCCUAUAAGAUCCCUGUCAGUGACUGAAGGUGACGAGAGAACAGUAAUGUGCUUCUUCAGUGUGCUUUCCUGAAACCAAGUCAACUGUAGUCCAUGUCUUAUUUCAUUGGUUAAUUUUUAGAUGGGGAACUUCACACAACUGUCCCGUUUUUCAGUACCUGUUUGACUUUGCAUAGGGUAGACAUAAUUUUUUGCACACUAUUCAAAAGGGAACCAGGAGAUGACAUCAGCACUGGAAUGUCAGUUCCUUUGAAGGUGGUAACUAUAGAUGGAAAAUCUUUUCCUACAAUGCUAAAUGCUGUCCUAAAUCAGACUGUUUGGUCAACUAGCUUGACUCAGAAUGUAGGCAGGAAGAUACUUAAAUAUGAAGCAGUAAAAGCAGUCUGAAUAUUCAUAGUCUUUGUUUGUGCUAAAGUAAUUGGUAAUCCAUAAAUAAAACAUUGCUAGUAGGUCCCUUUGCCAUUUAUUUCAUUUGUAUAGUUUCCGUAUUGAAAAAAAUCUCCAAUUAUUUGAUUUUAAUUUAUAUAACUUACACCUACAAAGCUAUUGAUGUUUCUACUGUUUAAAUUCUGGUGAUACAAGAACUCUUAAAAAUGUCUUUUUGUGUUUUAUAAAAUCAAGGUUUAAAUGACAAUGAUA